AAAUAAGAACAAUCCAUUUAGCCCACAUCACCUACUACUUAUUCAAUUCAAGCACAUCAUAGAGAGAGAGAGAGAGAGAGAGAGAGAGAGAGAGAGAGAGAGAGAGAGAGAGAGAGAGAGAGAGAUGGCAAACACAACCACCGCAACCACUCCAUUUGUGGUGGAUGAUUGCCGUGGAGUCCUCCAAGUCUACAGUGACGGCUCCAUAGUCCGCUCUGAUCGGCCAUCCUUCAACGUGACCGUCCAUGACGAUGGCUCUGUGAUCUGGAAAGACGUCACUUUCCACCCAAUUCAUGGUCUCCAACUCCGUCUCUACAAACCCGCUUCAGCGUCCUCUACAAAGCUCCCAAUCUUCUACUACAUCCAUGGUGGUGGCUUCUGCAUCGGCUCUCGCACUUGGCCCAACUGCCAAAACUAUUGCCUCCGUCUCGCUUCCGAACUUCAAGCCGUCGUUAUCUCACCUGAUUAUCGUCUCGCACCUGAGAAUCGCCUUCCGGCGGCAAUCGAAGAUGGAUUCGCAGCGGUUAAGUGGCUCCAAGCUCAGGCUCUGUCCGAUAAUCCCGAUACUUGGUUGACUGAUAUUGCUGAUUUCGAUAGAGUUUUUAUCUCGGGAGACUCGGCCGGGGGAAACAUCGCUCACCAUCUCGCGGUUGGACUCGGAGCAGGUUCGCCGGAGUUGGCUCCUGUUCGAGUGCGUGGUUACGUUUAUUUAGCUGCUUACUUUGGCGGAACCGUACGGGUGAAGUCAGAGCUGGAGGAAAAGGUCUCCUUCUUCAACACGGAUAUUUCUGACAGGUUUUGGAGGCUUUCAAUACCAGUUGGUGAGACAACAGAUCAUCCAUUGGUGAACCCAUUUGGACCUGCUAGCCCAAGCCUUGAACCUUUGGCUCUUGACCCUAUCCUAGCGGUAGUUGGUAGCUGUGAUAUACUCAAGGACAGAAUUAAAGAUUACGUAAGGAGAUUCAAAGAGUGGGGAAAGAAAAUAGAGUACGCUGAAUUCGAGGGAGAGGACCAUGGUUUCUUCGCACUCCAUCCCAAUUCUGAAGCAGCAAACAAGUUGAUGCAACUCGUUGAAAGAUUUAUCGCUGAAAACUCCAGCAACUAGAGUUGAGUUGUACUUGCACACACUUGUUUCACUCUUCUCAUCCUAUUUAUUGCAAAAGUGUGUCUACGCUCUUUAAAAAUUUCCCAUGAUUGUUUCAAUAAUGAGGAUCUAUUAAAAAAUAAGCAUGCCAUGCAUGUCUUAUAUACUAUUCUCUAAUGUUUAACAUUCGCCACUAGUUACACGUGGGAAAAUUUAUCUUGAAGGUGCUUUGGUAGAUGUAAUAGUAUGUUCA